GGCCCUUACAGAGUUGCCACCCAAAUCCGGUUAGCGUCUAGGCGCCUGCGCUGCAAAAGUCCCAACAGCUGUUUCAUACACACACCCACACACACACACACGCACUUACAAUCACACAAUGUUUACGAUUCGCAGUUGCAAAUGCAAAUCAGGAACGUUUUGCUGCCUGGAGUUACGUCAGCAUCGUCGCAGUGCUCGGCAAACAGUUGAUUUGUGUUCCGCUUUCGAUGGCAACGCACAUCGGGUUCUCAGUUGGCCAAGUUAGGCUCGUCUUAGUCGUUUCAGUUUUCGUCGCUUGAAAAUCGAUAAAAGUUUUUCUAUACAACGCAACCAAAAAGAAGGAGAAAAAAACAAGCCUAACUACAAAAAAGAUGUCAAUAAUUAACGAACGGAACAUGGAAAAUGCAUAAUUCGCUGGCCUCUCGGUUGCUAGUGCGGCUGCUGUUGCUGUUCGCGCUGGUAACUGUAAUUUCGAUAGCGAUUCUAACGAAAUGGGGCUUCGAUGAGCUGACUGCGCAAACGGACAAAGAUUCGCAUGCGAAUCCCAGCGAGACAAAUGGGUUUAAUUCAGCGUUGAGUGCUCGCGACGCACAAAUAGAACGCCUGAAGCAGGAGGUGCUCACACUGCGAGCCCAGCUUGUCCUUUUACAUAGUAAUCGUAGCGGAAAUAACAAUGGAUUGCCUGGCAAAUUGCCGGCAACUGGAUAUUCCUCGGCGUCCGCGUCCGCCUCCGCUUCCGCCUCCUCCUCCUUGGCCUUGCCUGCCUUCUCAAGCAGCAACAACAGCACACAGCUGCAUCAUCAGGUGGACAGCACAAUUCCCUCGCUAACGCAUCACUAUGACUGCAGCAGUUAUAUACGUAAGCAGGUGGGCGCCGCAGAGAUUCUGCACGGCUUGCCACUGAAUAAUGAGUACGAGAUGAUACCCUUCAAUCAUUUCACCUUCACGCGUGUCUAUCCCAUCGAUCUGGGCCUCGGCAAGCGGGUGGUGGAGAAGCCCAUCGGAUACAGGCGGCGAGAUCUCCUCGAGGCAGUCAACAAGGCGCUGGAGAGCCUUAAUCGCAAUCAGACCGCUCGUGCUCGGGCCAAGGGAGUGACGUCGGUCGAGCCGAGCAAAUACACCCUGGAUGACUUUGUCGAGGGUAUUCAUCGCACAGAACCGACGACUGGCAGCCAGUAUGAGCUCUACUUCCAGAGCAUCAAGCACCAGACACAUGUGGUGCGCAAAGCGCUAAUCAUGCGACCCUUUGCCCCCCUCCAAACAGUCCAAUUGUCCGAGCUGGCUGCCAGUCCCAUUGUUCAUGUCAUCCUGCCCCUUGCUGGUCGCCUGCGCAGCUUUCGCAGCUUCAUCCAGUUGUUCAAGCAACUGGCCGAUCGUCGCCUCCAGCUGAUCGUCGUCUACUUUGGCGAGCCGGGACUGAAGCAGGCGCGAGAGAUUGCAGCGGAUCUGGAACGUGUUCAGCUCAUAGCUCUAAAUGAGACAUUUAGCAGAGCGAAGGCUCUGCGCUUGGGUGCUGAGCAUGUCCAGCCGCAGGCAGCAAAAGUGACGCAGGAUGCGCUGCUCUUCAUGUGCGACGUGGAUAUUGUGUUUACAGCCAAAUUUCUGGAGCGCUGUCGCUGGAAUACCUCGCCCGGCAAGAAGGUUUAUUAUCCGGUUGUGUUCAGCCUUUACAAUCCGCACGUGGUGUACACGCUGCAGGGAAAGGCGCUGCCCAGCGAGGAGGAGCAGCUGGUUAUCUCGAGGGACACGGGUUUCUGGCGCGAUUUUGGCUACGGCAUGACGUGUCAGUAUCGAUCGGAUUUUCUGCAAGUACGCGGCUUCGAUGAGGAGAUCAUUGGCUGGGGCGGCGAGGAUGUGAUGCUCUAUCGCAAGUACGUCAGAUCUAAAAUCAAAAUCAUACGUGCCACAGAUCCGGGCAUCUUUCAUCGCUGGCAUCCAAAAAUCUGCACGGGAUCGUUGAGUGCGGAUCAGUAUCGUGCCUGUAUACGAUCGCGAGCUCUGAACGAGGCAUCGCAUGCCCAGCUUGGGUUUCUGGCGUUCCAGGACGAGAUCGCCGCUGCGGGCGCCAUGUCCGCGGCAUCGGUGGCACCCUCGUGAUAUCUUAUUGGCAUUAUUGGCCUCGGCUUUCGAUACUCAACCACAAUGUGACAAUAAAAUUGUAUUUUGUAGCCAAUUGUUGAACUAGCAUAAUUGUUUAAAACUAUUUCCGUUUUUGCUGCCUAGAUACUUAACUAUAACUCUAACUACUCUCGUACUUGUGCUCGUAAUAAUCGUAUGACAAAUUGUUCUUCCAUGAAGCAAACUAGAUGCAAUCUUCAAAACCAAAACAACAUAUACCUUAACGAAACCCACAAUGUAAACAUAUUUAGCAUAUAUUGUAUCAUACAGAACACUAUAUAAAAUUGCGUCUGCUCGCAUUAGAUAAACAAAA